AUGCCGUUUUCGUUCCCCCCGAGCUCCUGGGCGAUCCUCCCAGAGGGGGCCCUUCGGCCCCCAACAGCACAACCCCCGAUGGCCGACGUGUCGGGACGAGACGUCGUACUGGCCCGCCCCUUGUCUGGCUGGAACACCUUCGUCCCGGGCCCAAAACUGAGGGGCGCACAGACCUCUAUGUCUUUGGGAGUUACGUUGAACCUGAGGGCUGGCAUGGCUGAAGCGGUCAAAUUCACUAGCGGUCAACAGAAAUUUUUCAGGUGCCCUGCAGACAAACGUCGACAAAGAUACACCUGCAAAGAAAAAAUGUCAAAGUGUUAUCUUUCGACGGGACCCAACCAGUCGUCCGACCCUCCCGAGAUUCAUUCGCUGAUGAGGGAGCCCAAAGAGUGGGGCUUUUUCCCCGAGGGCCCGAAAAACUGGAAGUUCAAAGGGCUUCUUAAUAAGUAUGAUUCAAGGGAAAACCUGACCACUGAGAAACACAGUGAUGCCCUAAGAUUAGCAGAAAACAUCCUCAGCACUACUGUGACUGCAGGCAAAUACGAAGUCAGGUCCCUGCAGCUAAAAGGCCACUCUGAGCUUGAUUAUGAAAAGGACUGUCAAGAUUUCAAAAAGGUGUAUGAGACAAUAAAGGCAGAGCUGAUGGCCAUGACUGUGACGCCAGAGGAGUGCUGCCGCGUAACCAUGAGUUCAACGAUCUCGGACCUCCAAGACGAAGACUUCCUCCAGAUGCUGAGCCUGAAUAAGUACGAGUUCCUCAAACAAUUUACCAUGAGUGGCAUCCCAGUGUUUUCGCCAACCAGAGACUCGGUAAGUUUAAAUCCCUGGUCCUACAAUAUCACGAGGAUACUCAGAUCCCCAUACACCACCCUGAGUCAAGUGGCCCUUGAGUCCUACGCUUCAAAUAAUGAACCAGGCGCACGUCAUAAGGACAUCAAACUGAAAGAGGAUGAUGAUAAUACUAAUUUCAAUGCUGUCAUCCCAGUGUUUAGCCCAGAAGCUGCAAAGCUGAUGGAACCUCUUGUUCAAACACGCCUUUAUGCCAUGUGUGUUACCUUCGCCAUUCUCAAGAACCCUCACAUCAUAGAGUACAAUAUACAUAUAGCAGCUCUGGCUACCUGCUGGGUGAGGAUACUGUAUGAGCACCCAGAAGUCCCACGGCCAGAGUAUGUUUGCCUCCGAGAGGAGAGCAUAAUCGCCACGGCUUCACUGUAUAUGAAAAGGAAAGGUAAUGUCGACUACUGCAAGCUCCUGACUGAGGACACACCACAGGCACUAAUGACGGAAAGCACCGUGAAGAUAAACAAACGUCCAGUCAAGUGUGAAUCUCUCAUCAAGCCAAUGUUUAUGCUUUAUUUCUUAAAGCAGAGAGAGGAAUUAGAGAUGGCGGAAGUUGCGAAGAUUGUCCGGCUGAUUUUGGUUGAAUUUGUCGGGCGCAACAUGAGCCACAUCAGGAACUCAAAGAAAAACAGCACACCUUAUACAGAUUUCUUUGUGGCCAUGCUUAAGGAUGAAGAUAAGAAAAAGGAGUUUUUACAAAGUUAUGCUGAGAAGGUAAAGGCGACAAUCGACAAAGGGGAGAGCUCAGCAGCCUUUCCUCUCUCAAAGUUCUACACACUUGAGGAAGUCCAGAAAGAUGCCAAAAAGAAGAGUGUAGUGCAGAUGAGAGCAGUCAGAGAGAAAUUUGCACUGCAGGUGCGGGUGUGCAUGGAUAAGGUGGAAAGACUCUUCAACGUGUCCCUGGCCGGAGCCGUCUCGUGGCGCACCCUCAGGACUUAUGCCAGGGAGAUGGGCCUGCCCGCAGAUGUCGUGGAAGAGUUGUUUGCUGAGAAGAGUGCAUUCGUUUACACUCAGCAUGCACUGCGAUACAGUUCCUCGAAGGAGCGUCUGUUAGCUAAGAUCGAUAGCUAUGAAGAUGCCUUCAGUUAUGUGAUGAGGCAAGUCGAAAUGGAAAACGUAAACAAUAUGGUAAACACGCUUCUAAAUGACAUGGUCAGCUCUUACGAAAGUGCCUGGCUGACUGAGUACCACCAAGCCCAUUCUGAUGUGGUAAGACCCAUGAGCAAGGAGCAGAUUCUAGCGGAGGCUGCAGCCCGUGGAAUCGAGGUCACAGCUGCGACAUUUGAUCAAGUGUAUCGGAAGUACCGCCCACAUCUAGGGCUUUUGAGCAAUGCCUGUCAGUGCCCUUCCUGCCCCUUCUUCCUCCAGCCAAACAAGAGGUACAAUCAGCACGCAAUAGUGGAGCGGCGCAAAUCAACUCUGUUCCCUCACGGAUUCCACCAAGUUGCAUACGACUGUCGUGAAGAAGGCCUAAAGAAUGCCAUCAGCGAGUUCCAAACUGGCACCCACAGGAAACACAAGGGCCAAGGCAAGCCAUUGCCAAAGGAAGCCGUCGCUCCCCUUCUUCAAGACAUGGAACAGCUGACAGUCACUUACUCUCGAGCCAAGUAAUAGAAACGGAGGGAGGGAGGUGAUGUAGGGAUGAGAGCUCGUCCAUUCACACAGUUCGCUCAAGAAUUAGAAUGUUUUGUUCUGGGAGGUUAUUCACUCGUCUUCAGACCCUGCGCUUCAUCACACAAGGCUAGCCUUUCGUGUUGACGUACUUGCCAUGCAUAGUGUCUCAUUCUAAAGGAAUUGUCUGUGUUUUAUUGGUAUACCAUUAUUAUUUUAUUAUUAAAAUCAUCACCAUUAUCAUUAUUAUUACUGUUAUUGUUAAUAUUAUUAUUAUCGCUUAAUCAGGUAAAUGAGACCUACUUUUUUACAGGUAAAUAAGUCACAUAUAUUUUCUUAUAGACAACUCCAAAUGUGCUUUGUUUUUAUAUUUCUUGUCUUUUCUUUUCGAUAAUUACAACCAAACUGUUAACUAAAACGUGCAGGAAAUGAGCUUUGGCUGCAUCUGACCAAAAACCCAUCCGCACUGUAAAAUAUGGGAAGACACGAGACGAGACUGAUUCCCAAAUGAGGACAUCUUUCCAAAGAGCCUCCUUUCAGGUAGAAAUUCUCUACCAAUUUCCACAGACCCACAAUUUCUUCUCUUCAAGGGGGAUGUGGAUAUAUCUUUAUAUUGAUUGCUGGUAGAAGAACCUUUUAAAGAUAACUUGGUCCGAAUUAAAUAAACUGAAGUACCUUGCUUGCUUUGUGCCCACACGGUGCAGCCUCCGAGUGGCGUGGGCGGUAACAUACGCAUAGGGGAGGGGGACAGAGCUCGGCGGGGCGGGCAAGAGAGCAGAUGCACUGAGAGAAAGGGAGAUGAGGGGGGAUUGAGAAAGGGAAGGAAACGGGAGAUGAGAACAGGCGAAGAAGGGUAUGAAUGAUGCCAGGCCUGUCGUAUGGCAGAUGCACCUUUGUAGUAAUAAGACUAAUGCAUGGGAAGCAUGAUUAUUUCCGUAUUGACUGUAUAUAUUUAGGAAUAGAAAGUAUUUGUGUGUGUUGUGAAAUAAGAAUAGAAAUAGACUGAUCUAUAUAAUAGGAUACUGCUAACCGAUUUUUAUUGAAUUUUGAAGCAAUGCAAAAUAUUUUCUGUUGAUAGGAA